AGGUCCUGCGGCCUUAGGCCUCCUCAUUGCCCAACAGGCAGCUGGGGGCGGGCCACGGCCACUGAUUAAAGGCCGCCUGGAGCAGCCUGUGUGGAGAUAGGUGCCCAGCAGCCCAGGAAGCCGGCCAGCACCCGCCCCAGCUUUAGGCUUUGCUGUCCCCGUGAGCACAUCGCCAUGUCCGAGGCGCCCCGGGCAGAGACUUUCGUCUUCCUGGAUCUGGAAGCCACCGGGCUCCCCAGUGUCAAUCCUGAGGUGGCCGAGAUAUCCCUGUUUGCAGUGCACCGCUCCGCCCUGGAGAACCCGGACCGAGAUGAGGCCGGUGCCCCUGUGCUGCCCCGGGUCCUGGACAAGCUCACGCUGUGCAUGAGCCCGGAGCGCCCUUUCACGGCCAAGGCCAGCGAGAUCACUGGCCUGAGCAGUGCCAGCCUGGCACAGUGCCGGAAGGCUGGCUUCGACGCCGCUGUGGUGCGGACGCUGCAGGCCUUCCUGAGCCGCCAGGAGGGCCCCCUCUGUCUCGUGGCCCACAACGGCUUUGAUUAUGACUUCCCGCUGCUGUGCACGGAACUGUGGCGCCUGGGCGCCCGCCUGCCCGCGGACACCGUCUGCCUGGACACGCUGCCCGCGCUGCGGAGCCUGGACCGCGCCCACAGCCACCGCACCAGGGCCCAGGGCUGCAAGGGCUACAGCCUGGGCAGCCUCUUCCGCCGCUACUUCCAGGCAGAGCCCAGCGCAGCCCACUCGGCGGAGGGCGAUGUCCACACGCUGCUCCUGGUCUUUCUGCACCGGGCUGCCGAGCUGCUUGGCUGGGCUGACGAGCAGGCCCGAAGCUGGGCCCACAUCGAGCCCAUGUAUGUGCCACCUGAUGGCCCGAGCCUCGAAGCCUGAGUGCCAGGGGCUCGGCGAUUCCACCCCACAGCGGGGAUGAGGCCCACUCCCAGCGCCGUGGGCAGCACCGGCUCUGACCGUUCUGUCGGGCUCUGAGGCCCGGAGCUAGCCCCAGACCAGUGCCCCGCUGUCCCUCCCUGUCCUCUUAGCCCCCUAGCCCUGGGUGUGUGUAGGGUCUGCUCCUGGCCCUGGCCUGUGUAGCCCUGUGGCCCGAGAGUAUUCUCCCGGCCCCUCAGACUGUGCUCUAGUGGUUUGCCGCUGCAGGCUCCCGCCCUUCACCUGGUCUCAAUAAACAUCAACAACCAC